AACCAAAGUGUGAAUGGUGAUAUUUCAAUUGACCAAAUACUGGCCGAAAACAAUGAUAAUAAAGACAAUGUUAACGACAGGGAAUUUACUUUGAUGGAGCUUGAUAUUAUCGUAAAUAAAAGUCACAAGACGCCUUCAAGACCGGAAACUUAUCGUGCAUUGAUUGACAAAGACGAAACAAAGCGUUGGAAUAAAAAUAUUCCAUUUGAAAUUGGCGACGGUAUUGAUGACCUUCAGGAACUUACCAUCCAACGAGCGAUUCGUAAAUGGGAAAAAUACUCAUGCAUUAGUUUCUAUAAUGACAAGCAGAUAUUCAACAGAUUAGUGUUCAAACGUGGAUACAAUAACUUGUGUGCAUCAGAAGUUGGGAUGCAACAAGGACCUCAGAUAAUUAAUCUUGGGAACAGUUGCUUUAAGCAAGAAAUUGUUAUUCAUGAGAUUGGACACGCUUUGGGAUUCUACCAUGAGCAUAACCGUUGGGAUAGGGACAAUUACAUUAAAAUUAACUAUGAAAAUAUUGAACCCGGAUAUAAUCGAUCUUUUGUUAAAGAGAAAGAAGAAAAUGCAGAUUACGACCAUGAUUAUGAUUAUUUGAGUAUUAUGCACUACGGACAGAAUUUUUUCUCAAAGAAUGAUUCAGGAAAACUUACAAUUACAAUAGAAACAACAGAUCCUAAAUUUCAAUCUAGAAUUGGGAAGGUCAAGCGUCCGAGUUUUCAAGAUUAUAAAACUGUGAAUGCUAUGUAUAAGUGUGCUGAUAAUUGUGACAAUGAUGAAUGUCCUAAAGAUGGGUUUAAAGGAAAGCAAUGCCAAUGUUAUUGCAAAGGAAAUGCCGAUGGCACACGAGUUAAACUGUGUUAUGAAACACAAGAGUGCCCAAAACCAUUAAUCAAUAAAUAUUUAUUUGAUGUGUGGAACAAAGAAAAAACAAGAUUAAUUAAUAUGACCCGUACAUCGUUUCCUGACAAGACAGUUUUAAAACUUGUUUCAACCAACUGGAAUUGCUCGGUUGAUUCUCAGUUCAGAUGUGAUGGUGAUAAAUGGAAAGAAACAAUGUCAGAAUGUCCAAUUGCACUUGACAUCGAGAUGACUGAUGGAAUUGAAAGUGUUGUUGAAGUUAUCUUAAAUGACGAACAUCGUGGUUAUAUCUGUGAUGACGACUGGGAUGAUAAUGAUGCAACUGUUGCUUGUAAAAUGCUCGGAUAUACGAAAGGUUUGGCUUUCUUUCCAAAAGCUAAAGAAGUUAACGAAUCUUUACCUAUUCUUCUUGACAACGUGCAAUGUAGUGGCAAAGAACUUUCUCUUUCUGAUUGCAAACACAAUGGUUGGGGUAAUCAUAACUGUGAUUAUUCAGAAGUGGUAUCAGUGAAAUGUUUCGACGAUUCAUUUACCAACCAUAUAAAUUUAACGACGAACAUAACUUGCGGUACAAUAAAAAUGCAUAAUCAUAAUUCCAAGAGAAAAAAAACGACAAGUAAGGGUAAUUGGUGGCUUGGAGGCAGAAAAGGGUAUGCAUCCAUGGCAAGUGAAUAUUCAACGAAAGAAACGUGGACGGAUGCGAAAUUGGUGUGGUGGUACAAUUAUCAAUAAAGAGUGGAUAUUGAGUGCUGCACACUGUUUUGAUGAUUUUGUACGAACAUACGAUGGUUUGAAUGCUAAAUUAAAUAUUAAGGACAUACGGGUUAUUGUUGGAGACCAUGAUCUAACGAAACAUGAUGAAUAUGAAAAAAUGUUCGAAGUUGAAUAUAUUGUGAAACACUGGA